ACGACCCCCGUGUGCCGUUAAAUCCGUAAACGGCUACAACAAUUCGGACUUGAGCCUAGUUUUUUGGCGCUUACUUGCGUUGUCGCCUCCUGACUGUCCAGCAGGUGGCAGCAGUCAACUCAACCAGCCGCGACGAGCGCGUGUGACGUAGGAAGGAAACGGAAACUCGUCACUUAAUGUUAUUCAGCGUUUGUUUAUGAUGGGACGCUGGCAGGUCGAACAGUUCCGUUUAAUUUGGCUAAUGUUGCCCACUCUGUUGGAAAGCCACCCCCGUGUGCCGUUAAAUCCGUAAACGGCUACAACGGUUCGGACUUGAGCCUAGUUUUGUGGCGCUUACGUGCGUUGUCGCCUCCUGACUAGAGUCUUACUGGUAUCCUGUUAACUCUUCGUUUAGCACACGCAUAAAAGCGUGUGCUUAAACGAAAUGGUAAAAUUCUGACAAUUCGUCACACGCCCGCUGGAUAAAACAACGGUACUUCUCUUUUUUUUCUUUUUUUUUACUUUACGGUUUGACUCUCGGACCCCCUGCGCCCCAGAAGUGGAGCGAAACGGGUCCCCCCGGCUGAGUUACCAUGAGCUCGGAGCGCCAGAGCGACGCGGAGGACGCCGACGAGUCGCAGGACAGGCCCAACAGCAGCGUGUCCGACAAGGAGGAGGACCCCGACAUCGACGAUUCGGACGAUGUGGAGGAGGUGGAGGAGGAGGAGGAGGACGGCCCUCGGGGGAUUUCUCUGGCCCCGGCGUGUAGCGGCGAGGACGGUCGCGACCGCAGUGCGAGGUCGCCGGCGACCGACUCGCAGGCUCCGCCUGUCACCGGGUCGAAGACGGGGAAGGGUGCCGGCGCUAGUCCGGUCAGCAACGCCGGUAACAGCCUGUUUCUGUGGUUGCAAAGCAGGACUAUUAGAAGAGGUCUCUUCGUGGACCCAGCCAGGGAUAACUAUCGGACGAUGACGAACUUGUACAGCUCAAUGAAUCCGGCCGCGGACUCGGUGAACUUGAGCACUCAGACCCACGGGGCCGUGUUUAAUCUGGAGUACUCUCCGGAUGGGUCUGUGUUGACCGUGGCCUGCGAGCAGACCGAGGUGCUCUUGUUUGACCCCAUCUCAUCCAAGCACAUAAAAACCCUGGUGGAGGCCCAUGAAGACUGUGUCAACAACAUAAGAUUUUUGGACAAUCGCCUUUUUGCCACCUGUUCCGAUGACACUACGAUUGCAUUAUGGGACCUCCGCAAACUGAACUCAAAGGUUUGCUCGUUGCACGGCCACGCCAGCUGGGUGAAGAACAUUGAGUAUGACACGACCACGCGUCUCCUCGUCACGUCUGGCUUCGACGGCAACGUCAUCACCUGGGACACUAAUAGGUUCACAGAAGACGGCUGCCCUCACAAAAAGUUCUUCCACACGCGCUACCUUAUGAGGAUGCGCCUGACGUCGGACUGCUCCAAGAUGCUCAUCUCCACCUCUUCGGGUUAUCUGCUCAUCCUCCAUGACUUGGACCUCACGCAGUCCCUGGAGGUGGGAAGCUACCGCAUGCUGCGAGCACGACGCACUCCCCUCAGCUCAGAUGGGGGCACAUCAGCGUCCAGGUCCACUGGCACUCCUCGUCAGGGAAACGACUCCAGCAAAAUCCACCCUCACAGAGAAGGUCUUUCUCCAAGAAACAGUCUGGAGGUGCUGACCCCAGAGAUCCCCGGAGAGAGGGACAGGGGCAACUGCAUCACCUCCCUGCAGCUCCACCCCAAAGGCUGGGCCACGCUCAUCCGCUGCUCCAGCAACAUGGAUGACCAGGAGUGGACGUGCGUGUAUGAGUUUCAGGAGGGUGCCCCCACACGGCCCCCCGUCUCCCCGCGCUGCUCCCUCCGCCUCACCCACUACAUCGAGGAGGCCAACGUUGGGAGGGGCUACAUCAAGGAGCUGUGCUUCAGCCCCGAUGGCCGUUUGAUCUGCUCGCCCUACGGCUACGGAGUGCGCCUCCUGGCUUUCGACCAGCGCUGUGCAGAGCUGGCCGACUGCCUGCCCGUCCAGACCAGCUGCCUUAAGGAGGUGCGCUCCAUCUACUCACACAGCGAUGUGGUGCUCACCACCAAGUUCUCCCCGACUCACUGCCAGCUAGCCUCAGGGUGUCUCAGUGGGCGUGUGGCCCUCUACCAGCCCAAAUUUUAGCUUGAGGACAAGGGGGGCUGUCAAAAGAGGGACCCUAUCCCGGACUGGAAUCGAACUUUAGUUGCGAUUGUUCUUGAUGUUUUUGGGGGUUGAUUUACUGUUCUUGGCAGAGCAGAUGAGUGAGGGAUUUAUUGUGUUCGGCUAAUUAGAUAAACUAGUGCCAUGUUCUUUGUUAGUCACAGUAUACUAAGUUUACUUUUGGAUACUUCUGGUGUCAUUUUGGCAAACUGUGGCACCUACUUUUGGUGUCAAAUUACACCCAUCUUGGACCUGACGGAUGAUAAAAUAAACCAUUGGAAUAUUUGCAUCUACAAAAUGGCCCACGUCUGCUACACUGACUUCAGCUGUGGGUUGGAACCAUCAGGAGGUGGGAAACCUAAAUGGGAAAAAAAAGUUAUAAAGGGGUGAAAACCAUCUGAUGAUCCUAAGCAGACUGGUUGCAGCAGUCGUCUUCAGGUCAGGCUGUAACCAACCAUAAAAACUGUAACCUUUAUGACCCUGAACCGAUUAAAAAGUGGAAAAACUAACUGUUUCCAAGAAAGUGGGCAGCAGCUCUUUGAAGGUUGGCUAAAAAGCCCAAUUUAAAACAAGGGAAGGACUUUGGCAGUCUGAAUCUCGCAUCUCUUGGUCAUCGUUGUUGAGAUCAAGAGUUACAAAACCUCAUCUCUCAAAAGUAAACUGAUGUCUGUCAGUGUCCUGCCACUUUUUGCAUACUAAUGAACUAGACCCACAACUACAGCAGUAGCUCACCCAAGUUACAAGCUCCUUUCUGGGAGACAAAAGAAAAAAAAACCCAGCUAAGAAUGCAAAGGACAGGUAAGAACCAAGAACAGACAAAAGUGGAAAAGGAUGUACACCCCCCUAUCUCCUACGCUGUCAUUGACGGGCUCAUUCAGCGUCCUCCUGAACUGAACAUGUAGCCGUUUUCCACUGCUUCAUGGCUUUCUAUAGGUAGUGCUUCUCUGCUUCAUGCAAUCUGAACUCUGACCCCUUGCCGAAAGGACCUCUCCAUCAACAUCUAUUCACUAGGGGUGGGAAUCACUAGAGGCCCCACGAUACAGUAUUGUCACGAUACUCAAGUCACAACACAAUAGUACUGCGAUUUUCAACAUGUUGCGAUAUGAUGAGUAUUGUGAUGCAUAUAUUGCGAUUUAUUACCUUUUUUCAACUGCAAUUUAUGUCCCCAUAGGAAACCUUUGUCACCGUCUGUUUUAUAUAUGACCUCACCAGAAAGAAACUCAGCACCGCCAUCUAGUGGACUAAAAAGCAGUUGAUUUUAUUAUUGUAGUACUGUACAAAAGUUUAAUUCGUAUUAGCAAUUUAUGUAAUAAAAGAUCGAUACUUGGUGUUCGUAUAUCGAUACAAUAUUGUCACGCAAAAUAUAUGCUUCUGCAACAUGGAAGGAAACUUUGUACAGCCAUUUAUCUCAGUUGACCUGCUCAGAAUGUGUUCUGACAGUUCAGUUCACGUUCAGUUCAGUCGGUUCCCAAUUAAAACAUCCUCCCCCUCAUUUCGUGAUUUCAUGACAUAACAAUGAGGGAAAUGAAUCUAGUUAUGCCUUGGGUGGUGCGGUGGCCCAGUGGUUAGCUCUGUCGCCUCACAGCAAGAAGGUCCUGGGUUCGGUUGGGGUUGGGGUUGGGGUUGGGGGGUCAUCCCAGGUCGUCAUCUGUGUGGUGUUUGCAUGUUUUCCCCGUGUCUGCGGUGGGUUUUCUCCGGGUGCUCCGGUUUCCCCCACCAUCAAAAAGACAUGCAUGUUAGGGUUAAUGCUCCUGUCUGUGCCCCUGAGCAAGGCAAUGGGAAAAGAAGCGGAGUUGGUCCCCAGGCGCAGCAUGAAGGCGGCAGCCCACUGCUCCUAGCUACACGGAUCACAGCAAGGAUGGGUUCAUUUGCAGAUUUUCCCCAAGGGGAUUA